GCAUCGCUGGGCCCUGGCAGGAGGAGGGAGAGGGCCUGGCCUGUUGCCCUCUGCGAGGCGCCUGCGCACUGAGCCGCCGCUCGCUGCCGUUCCCGCUAUGUGUGGGGCGUGUGUGGAAUAACGUUAUUGCCCAGCGGAACCGAGGGGGCCCCAGCUCCACAGCGGCGGCGGCGGCGGCGACGACGACGAGGACGACGACAACGGCGAGGGGGUGGGAGGAGGACAGCGUGGCAGAGACUGACGGGACGCGCCGCGCCCCGCCUCCCGGUCCGGUCCCUCUCUGCGGUGAGGGGAUGAUGUAGCUUGGCUGAGGAUUCAGAAGCUAAGCAGAAAUGAGCUUAACAUCCUGGUUUUUGGUGAGCAGUGGAGGCACUCGCCACAGGCUGCCACGAGAAAUGAUUUUCGUUGGAAGAGACGACUGUGAGCUCAUGCUUCAGUCCCGUAGUGUGGAUAAGCAACAUGCAGUAAUCAAUUAUGAUGCGUCUAUGGACGAACAUUUGGUCAAGGACUUAGGCAGCCUGAAUGGGACUUUUGUGAAUGAUGUAAGGAUACCAGAGCAGACUUACAUCACUUUGAAACUUGAAGAUAAGCUGAGAUUUGGAUAUGAUACAAAUCUCUUCACUGUAGUGCGAGGAGAAAUGAGGGUCCCUGAAGAAGCUCUUAAGCAUGAGAAGUUUACCAUUCAGCUUCAGUUGUCCCAGAAGUCUUCAGAAUCAGAAUUACCAAAAUCAGCAAGUGCCAAAGGCACAGAGUCGAAAGUGGAGGCUGCUGCAGAAGUGCCCCACAGAGCCACAGAAGCACUGAAGGCUGAGGAGAAACCCGUGGAUGUUUCUGCUAUGCCCCGAGGCACUCCAUUAUAUGGACAGCCUUCAUGGUGGGGAGAUGAGGAGGUGGACGAACAAAGAGCUUUCAAGGCCAAUGGCAAGCCUGAGGGGAAGAGUCAAGAACCUGCGACUUCAGGGUGCAGCAUGGAAGCCAAGCAGCUGGAGGAACAGUCUGCAGCUGCAAGUGAAGAAGCACUCUUUCCUUUCUGUAGGGAACCAAGUUAUUUUGAAAUUCCCACAAAAGAAUUUCAACCGCCAUCACAAAUAGCAGAGAGCACUAUUCAUGAGAUUCCAACAAAGGACACACCAAGUUCCCAUACAGCAGGUGCAGGGCACGCUUCAUUUACCAUUGAGUUCGAUGACAGUACGCCAGGAAAAGUAACCAUUAGAGACCAUGUGACAAAAUUCGCUUCUGACCAGCGCCACAAGUCAAAGAAGGCCUCUCCAGGAACUCAAGACUUGCCAGGAAUUCAGACAGGAAUGAUGGCACCCGAAAAUAAAGUAGCUGACUGGCUGGCGCAAAACAACCCUCCUCAGAUGGUGUGGGAAAGAGCAGAAGAGGAUUCCAAGAGCAUUCAGAGUGACGCCCCUGUGUACUUAAGGAGGCUGAAAGGAAACAAACAUGAUGAUGGCACCCAGAGUGACUCAGAGAAUGCUGGGGUGCACAGGCGCUGUGGCAAGCGUGCAGCUCUGGAGGAACAUUUACGGCGCCAUCACUCAGAGCAGAAGAAGAAGAUCCAGUCUGCUGAAAAGCAUCAAGACCAAGCUGCUGUAAGUCAAACUGCUUUUAUGAUUGCAUUCUUUGAUGAAGAUCAUUCCAGAAAGAGAAGGUCACAUUCUUUUACUCAAAGUUCAGGAACCUUAUGUCAGGAAACUACUUUCUCAACACCACAUACAAAACUUGCAAAAGCAGAAUCUCCACCAGCAGAUGCCAAAGUGGUUUCUUUGUCUUUACAGACUAGCUCUACGCAUCACAGAGGGGGGCAUGGUGUUCCACAUGGGAAAUUGUUAAAACAGAAAUCAGAGGAGCCAUCGGUGUCACUACCCUUCCUACAAACUGCAUUAUUAAGAAGUUCAGGGAGUCUUGGGCACAGACCAAGCCAGGAGAUGGAUAUAAUGUUAAAAAAUCAAGCUACUUCUGCCUCUUCAGAAAAGGAUAAUGAUGAUGACCAAAGUGACAAGGGUACUUAUACCAUUGAGUUAGAGAAUCCCAACAGUGAGGAGGUGGAAGCAAGAAAAAUGAUUGACAAGGUAUUUGGAGUAGAUGACAAUCAGGAUUUUAAUAGGCCCAUUAUCAAAGAAAAGCAUAAAGGUCUCAUAAAAGAUUGGGCUCUCAACUCUGCUGCAGUAGUAAUGGAAGAAAGAAAGCCAUUGAGUACACCUGGGUUUCAUAACUCAGAGGAAGCCAUAUCUUCAUCUGGAAGCAAGCGUUGGGUUUCACAAUGGGCUAGUUUGGCUGCUAAUCAUACAAGGCAUGAUCCAGAAGAAAGGUUAAUGGAAUUGUCUGCAACUAGAGAAAAUGAGACAGAUACUGGUGAAGCUGGUGUUUCCCUAAGAAGUACUAGUUGUGCAGCUUCCUUGGCUAGUCAGGGAGAGAGGAAGAGGCGAACUCUUCCCCAGCUCCCAAAUGAAGAGAAGGCACUCGAGAACUCCAGAGCAAAGGUUGUUACACCGAGGUCAGAGAUAGGAGAAAAGCAAGACACGGAACUGCAGGAAAAAGAAGCCCAGGGAUACCAAAGUGAGAAGCACGAUGCAGACCGAGGCCUGAGUAAAAUGAGCAGGGCAGUCAACGGUGAGAGUCCCAAAACAGGUGGAGAUGGUAAAGCCCUCCUUCACUCAGGAAGCAAUUCUAGCAAGGAGAAGAGUGAGACUGACAAGGAAACAUCUUUGGUAAAACAAACAUUGGCUAAAAUCCAACAACAGGAACAAAAGGAGCAGGCCCAGUGGACUCCUACUAAAUUCUCUUCAAAAAAUGCUUUAGGCCACAUAGAUAAAUGUAGGGAAGAAUCUUCUAAGCAAGAGUCUCAACUUGGAGAAAAAAAUUCAGGGCAUUCUACAAGCAAAGGAGAAAGACUAGUACAAAAUGAAAGCAAAAGAAGAAAAGCUGAGGAAAUUCCAAAAAGUCAGACUUCAAAAGGAGACAAGAAAGAAUCUUCCAAGUCAUUAGUGCGACAGGGGAGUUUCACCAUAGACAAACCCAGUUCAAACAUCCCCAUAGAACUUAUCCCCCAUAUCAAUAAGCAGAAUUCAUCUGCACCCACUGCCUUAGCACUGACGUCUGCAAGCAGACUUCGAGAAAGGAGUGACUCUUUGGAUACUGAUUCUAGCAUGGACACAACCUUGAUUCUGAAAGACACAGAAGCAGUGAUGGCUUUUCUGGAGGCUAAACUGCGAGAAGAUAAUAAUAAAACUGAUGAAGGCCCAGACACUCCCAGUUACAAUAGAGAUAAUUCCAUUUCACCGGAAUCUGAUGUAGACACAGCCAGUACAAUUAGUCUGGUUACCGGAGAGAGUGAAAGAAAGUCCACCCAAAAGCGGAAGAGCUUCACUAGUCUCUAUAAAGACAGGUGUUCCACGAGUUCCCCGUCCAAAGAUGUUACAAAGUCAGGCAGUAGGGAGAAAAUUGAAAAGAAAACAAAAAGCCGCUCUACAGAUAUAGGUGCAAGAGCAGAUGGCCGCAAAUUUGUACAGUCCAGUGGAAGAAUCCGGCAGCCUUCCAUAGACUUAACAGAUGAUGACCAGACCUCUAGUGUACCUCAUUCUGCUAUUUCUGACAUUAUGUCAUCUGACCAGGAAACGUACUCCUGCAAAUCUCAUGGAAGGACUCCACUUACCUCAGCUGACGAACACAACAUACAUUCCAAACUGGAAGGAGGCAAAGCAGCAAAGUCUAAGACUUCUCCUGUCGCCUCUGGUUCAGCAAGUAAAUCCACCACUCUCCCAAGGCCACGGCCCACCAGGACUUCCCUCUUGCGUAGAGCCCGGCUUGGCGAAGCUUCUGACAGUGAACUUGCUGAUGCUGACAAAGCAUCUGUUGCUUCUGAAGUGUCCACCACAAGUUCCACGUCCAAACCACCCACAGGAAGACGAACCAUUUCUAGGAUUGAUUUGUUGGCUCAGCCUCGAAGAACAAGACUUGGGUCAUUGUCUGCCCGUAGUGACUCUGAAGCAACAAUUUCAAGAAGCAGCGCAUCUUCACGCACUGCAGAAGCUGUCAUUAGGAGUGGAGCCCGACUAGUGCCAUCAGAUAAACUUUCUCCUAGAACUAGAGCUAACAGUAUUUCUCGGCUAUCAGACUCCAAGGUCAAAAGCAUGACCUCCACUCAUGGCUCUCCUUCAGUAAAUUCAAGAUGGAGGCGCUUUCCUACUGAUUAUGCUUCCACCUCAGAAGAUGAAUUUGGAUCAAACCGUAAUUCCCCUAAACAUACUCGUCUACGUACUUCUCCAGCCCUGAAAACCACUCGUAUGCAGAGUACUGGAUCAGCAAUGCCUGCUAGUUCUUCAUUCAAGCACCGAAUUAAAGAACAGGAAGACUAUAUCCGAGAUUGGACUGCCCAUCGAGAAGAGAUAGCCAGGAUCAGCCAAGAUCUUGCUCUCAUUGCUCGGGAGAUCAACGACGUAGCAGGAGAAAUAGAUUCAGUGACUUCCUCAGGCACUGCCCCUAGUACCACAGUAAGCACUGCUGCCACCACCCCUGGCUCUGCCAUAGACACUAGAGAAGAGGUAGGAGAUCUUCAUGGAGAAAUGCAUAAGUUGGUUGAUCGUGUUUUUGAUGAAAGUCUCAACUUCCGAAAGAUACCUCCAUUAGUUCAUUCUAAAACACCAGAAGGAAACAAUGGUCGGUCUGUUGACUCAAGACCUCAGCCACCAGAGCAUCCUGACCACUUAACAAUUACAAGACGGAGAACCUGGAGCAGGGAUGAAGUCAUGGGAGAUAAUCUGCUACUGUCUUCAGUCUUUCAGUUCUCCAGGAAGAUAAGACAAUCCAUUGAUAAGACAGCUGGGAAAAUCAGAAUAUUGUUUAAAGACAAAGACCGGAACUGGGAUGACAUAGAAAACAAGCUAAGAGCUGAAAGCGAAGUCCCGAUUGUGAAAACCUCCAGCAUGGAGAUUUCUUCUAUUUUACAGGAGCUGAAAAGAGUGGAAAAACAGUUGCAAGUGAUAAAUGCCAUGAUUGACCCAGAUGGAACUUUGGAGGCUCUUAACAACAUGGGAUUUCCCAAUGCUAUCCUGCCAUCUCCACCAAAACAGAAGUCCAGUCCUGUUAAUAACCACAGCAGCCCUAGUCAGACGCCAGCACUUUGCCCACCAGAAGCUAGGGCCCUGCACCCUGCUGCAGCAGCAGCAGCAGCAGCAGCCGCCUCCACUGAGUUUGAGAAUGCUGAAUCUGAGGCUGAUUUCAGCAUCCAUUUCAAUAGGUUUAAUCCUGAUGGGGAAGAAGAAGAUGUUACAGUACACGAAUGACGUUCCCUGGUUUGUUAGAGACAUUACCCAUGGAGUGACUAGGGGUGUUGGAAGCAGCAUGAUGUUGACAUACAAAACAAGAGAGCUUGGUCAGCAACAAUCUUGUUAUCUUUGUCUUCUUGAUUUAUUUAUUUAUUUUUACCUCUAAUGUAUCAUACCAGUCUUUUCAAAUUAUUCAGACAACCACUUGAAGCACACUUAGCAAGAGGCAGCUUAUGUCAGUUUUGCCUUUUGUGGUUCUGUGAUUUUCAGAUUGAAUCAUAUCGUUGCAUCUUUCCAUAGUUCUUUUUGUUGUUGUUUGUUUGUUUUAAGCCAUGCUGUGACCUACAAACAAACUAAAGUAUCCACAUUUCUGAGCCCCUGUGUCUCCUGUGCCAAGCUGCCCUGAGAUGAACGUCCUCAUCCGCUGUACAGAUUGUUAAACCUUUCAAUUUGCUUCUUAAUACUAGGGUUUAUAUUACUACUCACAGUCACCUGACACAGUGUCACCCUGCUCUCUAGAGUGAAACAGACCUUCCACUGCAGCCGUCCUGCACCUGAGACCUUCCAACAUAGUGUGAUUAUAACUGUUGCUAGGUAACUUGUCUUGGGGUUUAUGGAAAUUAACUAUUAUGUUUGCACUAAGAUUUACUGGGAGUGAUAGAUGGACGUAUCUAUACAUCAUUAAGGACUGACUUUUGUACAUAGGAAGUUGACAAGACUGCUUUAACCCCACAGUGUUUUACUCCACUUUUCAUACAGAGCCAUUUGGCAGGGUUUUUUGUUUUGUUUUGUUCUUCUCUAUUUUUCUUUUCUUCUUUUUUUCUUUUUAAGGAAAUAAGAUUUUGUCUCUCCUUUUAGAUUAAAUGACUAGAAAGGUUAAACUUGCCAAAUAGGUGAAGUAUAUUUUUAAAAUUAAGAACAUGUCUAUUUGUCCUGUGUUAUCAAGUUUUUAUGUUACAGAAAUGCCCCUGAAAUGAUCAUGAGGUUAAUUUUUCUUCGUUAGGAGAUGUGAGGAAUCAGUAGUUGUGAGAGUAGUUGAUAGUUGCACUCCCAGUCAUUGAAUUGCUCUGUGUUUCCCUGUAGGUCCAUAGGAACCCUUUGUCAGUCUUACACAUUUGUAAGGACCCUGCAAGACGGCAGUGACGACUAAGGCUUUGGGCUUAUAGCUACUAAAAAGAAAGCCUGUGAAAAAUAUCUUCUCUAAACUUUGUUUUUGUUACUGUUUUGUUUUCUUUCCAGUAAGCUCACAUUUCAAUAAGUUUUUAAAUAAAGGAAUUAUUUUUGUGUUUCCAGAACACUGUAAUUUGGGUGAAUCUUAAUUCUUUUGAAUAUACUAAUAGGCCUGGGUUUGCUCCAGAGACUCCAUCAGUCUGUAAAGAGUCAGCUGCAGCUUUGUGACGUGGGCUUUGAUACUCAGCAGUAACCUGUGCUACAUUUGCUUUAAGGAAAAGUCAGCUGUACCUCAAGACUUUAGGAUCUAAGAAAUCCUGUGACGCUGGAUCAGUUAAUAAAAAUGCAAAACCUUUUGUAAGAUGUAAAACAUAAGUCUGCUGUGUAAUGGAUCUCAUAUUUUUCUUUAAAUUAAAAAAAAAAAGAAAAGGAUUUAUUCUCCUUGUAAAGCUAAAUUCACAGUUCUCAUGAAGUAAAACUUCAUAAGAGUUUCAACAGAUGUAAAAGGGAAAGUGAGAUGCUUUGAAGGAACAAAUAAAACAUUGAAACAGGGUCAGUCCAUUUCAGGAAAAAAUCAUGCAUAGUAAUCAUGAUUGUCCCCUUUAGUUAAGUUUGGUACUGAGUCUGUCCACAUCAGAGUACAAGAUGAGGAGUCUAAGAAAGUAUUAAAUUAUCUGCUUACAUUAUUGUUUGUUUACACAGUUUUGUUCAAUUAUAAACAUUUGGCCUUUUACUAUGUUAUUUUUAUUUUGUAUGAAUACAUUCUCCUUAUUUAUUUUUGUUACAUUUAUUACGUUAUUUUGUUAUGCAUUUACAACUCCAUUUUUAAAUAAAGUGUUUCUGGAACUUUA